AUGCCUCUGUCUCUCAUCUCUUUGUUAUCUUCUUCUUCGAUCGAGACAUCAACAGCGCCACCAAGAACAUUCAAGACUUUUGUUAUUCUCAUCUUCUUUGAACCGGACUCAAACAACUAUGAAAUCGGAAGCAAAACCUCGACAAAGUGGUCGAGAAAAUCAGAAGCGAAGAAAUGUGAUGUGAUGCACGACGGUGAUGAAGAUGCAGUAGUUCUUAAAGGCGAGCUUUAUUGCAAUGCAGUGGAAGUGAUGAAUGAAGAAGAUGCGGUUGUUGAUGAAGCCUCAAGAAGAACUGAUUAUGGUGAUUGA